AUGCCGUCCUUUACUCAGAAGAACAUGUUCGACCUCCUCGACGUCGAGGAGGCUGAGGACUAUGACGAGGUCGACGUCGAAGAGCCCGUUGAGGAGACCACCGAUGCCUCGCCGGCCCCUUUGUCCAAGGGAGCCAAGAAGCGUGCCGCAAAGGCUGCGCGUGCUGCCGCGGCCGCCGAGGAAACAAAGGCGGCCCCCGACGUUCCCAAGGUCGUCGAGCAACCCACCUCCAACGGCAAGAAGGCCAACGGCUCGUCGGCUUCGGAGGAGCCUGCAUCUGCUCCUUCGGUGCCCAAGCCUGCGGCUCCUGCCGUCGCCGCCGCCAAGCCCGAGACGAAGCUUGAUGUUCCCGAGGCCGCGCCGGUCUCUCCCCCUUCCCCCUCGCCGACCCUCCCGUCGUCAGCCUUCAAGCCUGUGCUUCCCGACGACCUCCCCCAUCCUUCGAGCCAUGAGCUUCCUGCCAACCGCAAGCGCAAGACGCCUCAGGACUUUGCGCCUAACGGCCCCAACUCGCUGACGCCCACGAGCCCAAACAAGAACUCGGUCAAGUUUGAGGACGGCGUCGUUCCCGGUGAGGGCCGUGAGGGCGAGAAGACCAUCACAAAGACCAAGGCCGACGCAGCCCCCAAGGUGGAGCCCAAGCACGGCAACGCCGCUACCCGCACGAUCUGGACGUUCAUCAUGAUCUUCGGGUUCAUCACCUUGCUUUGCAUGGGCCACCCUUACAUGAUUGUCCUUGUCCUGUUGUGUCAGUCGCUCGUCUACAAGGAGAUCACCGCCCUCUUUGACCUGCGCGACAAUGGCUCCAACCCCAUCAACCGCGACGACCAGUGGAACAAGACGCUCAACUGGUACUUCUUUGUCGUCACCAACUACUUCCUUUACGGCGAGUCGAUUAUCUACUACUUCAAGCACAUUGUGUUUGUCGACGCCUACUUUAUCCCCUUCGCCAAGAACCACCGCUUCAUCUCCUUUAUGCUCUACGUCGUCGGCUUUGUUGGCUUCGUCUCCAACCUCAAGCGCGAGUACCUUCGCCAGCAGUUUGCCCUCUUCUGCUGGGUCCACAUCACACUCCUUCUUGUGGUCGUUUCGUCCCACUUCAUUGUCAACAACAUUCUCGAGGGCCUCAUCUGGUUCUUCAUCCCCGCCUCGCUCGUCAUCAACAACGACGUCAUGGCUUACGUUUGCGGCAAGCUCUUUGGCCGUACUCCUCUUCUCAAGCUUAGCCCCAAGAAGACCGUCGAGGGCUUUGUCGGCGCUUUCAUCCUUACCCUCAUUUUCUCGGUCGCUUGGGGUACUUUCUGGCAGCAGUUCAACUACAUGAUCUGCCCCGCCCACGAUCUUGGCGUCAACGCCUUCUCCGACAUUCAGUGCCGCAAGAACCCCGUGUUCGUCUGGACCGAGUUCUUCUUCAGCGGCGCCGUUGGCGAGCUUAUCAAGACUGUCACCGGCAGGGAGUCGAUCUGGUACACUCCCUUCCAGCUCCACUGCCUCGUCAUGGCCACUUUUGCCUCGCUCGUUGCGCCCUUCGGCGGCUUCUUCGCCUCGGGAUUCAAGCGCGCCUUCAACAUCAAGGACUUUGGAGACUCGAUCCCCGGCCACGGUGGCAUGACCGACCGCAUGGACUGCCAGUUCAUGAUGGGUCUCUUCGCCUACGUCUACUACUCGUCCCAGAUCCGCGUGCAAUACGUCACCGUCGGCUCCAUUCUCCAGACCGCCGUCGUGUCCCUUACGCUUGACGACCAGGUCGAGCUCGCCCGCGACCUCAUCACGUUCCUCAAGGGCCAGGGCGUGAAGGUGUAG